AAAUUACAAGAAAAGUCAAAAGAUUAUAAUAAUUAUGAAAACCAGUAGAAGAAUCCAGAACUACAACUCGAGAGACAAGAGGUUUCUUCAUUGACAAGUUCUUUUCCUUUCACUCAUCUAUAAAUUAAAACCCUCAUUCAGUUCUAUUAACAGAAAAACAAAGAAACCCUAAGAGUAAUAAACUUGAUUCAAUUAAUUUCAAAUAAAAACAGCAAAGGAAAAAACAAUGGGAGUUGUUGACUUGUUGCCAAAGGAGUAUGGAUAUGUAGUUCUGGCUCUUGUUUUCUACUGCUUUCUCAAUUUCUGGAUGGCUUUCCAAGUUGGCAAAGCUAGGAAGAAGUACAAGGUAUUCUAUCCUGUUAUGUACGCAACAGAAUCUGAAAACAAGGAUGCCAAGCUCUUCAAUUGUGUUCAGAGAGGGCAUCAGAAUUCACUGGAAAUGAUGCCAAUGUUCUUCGUCAUGUUGGGUCUAGGAGGUCUUCAACAUCCACUGAUUUCUGCUAGUCUUGGACUGCUUUAUGUCGUGGGUCGUUUUCUCUACUUCACUGGUUAUGCUACUGGGAAUCCUCAGAACCGUCUGAAGCCCGGGGGUAUCAGUUUUUUGGCAUUGACGGGUCUGAUUGUCUGCACAAUAUCAUUGGGAAUCAAUCUUUUGAGGGCAUGAUAAUAAAGCCUUUUGUUUACUUGAUGACAUUCUGGAAGUUCCUUUGAUGUUUAGUGAAAGUGGUUAUAAAUCUGAAAUAAUUGUUGUGUUUACAUUCCAAAAAUUUCUAUGGGAAUGGGAAUAAGGUGUGUGUUUUCUAUGUUUCUGCUCGUUUACAUUUUAACACUUGGUUU